GGCGACAGAGCCGGCACCAACCCGACCCACUGCGCAGGCGCGGGAAAGUUGAACUUCUAAAAGUUUACGCAAGUCCACUGAAGGAGGAGGGGGAGGCGGCUCCCGGCACCAGGUGCCCCCAUGGCAGGCUCGGAAGAGCUGGGGCUCCGGGAGGACACGCUGAGAGUCCUAGCGGCCUUCUUUAGGCGAGGUGAGGCCGCCGGGUCCCCCAUUCCAACCCCACCCAGGAGUCCUGCCCAGGAGGAGCCAACAGAUUUCCUGAGCCGUCUUCGAAGAUGUCUUCCCUGCCCCCUGGGGCGAGGAGCAGUUCCCCCUGAGUCCCCUCGGCCUUGCUCCCUGCCCCUCCGCCCAUGCUAUGUUUCAGAGCCUGGCCCAGCUACUCCGGAUUUCUAUGCUCUGGUGGCCCAGCGGCUAGAACAGCUGGUCCAAGAGCAACUGAGAUCCCCACCUAGCCCAGGUGAGGUACACAGGGGCCCUGGAGAAGGAGGAGGGUGGAAGGGUUGGCAGAGUUCUGCUCCCAGCCGAAUUCUCUUCUGUCCCCCCAGAGUUACAGGGUCCCCCACCCACAGAGAAGGAAGCCCUGCUGCGGAAGCUGGUGGCCCUGCUGGAGGAAGAGGCAGACGUCAUCAACCAGAAGCUGGCCUUGGACCCCGCCCUGCGCGGAAAGCUGGCCCGCCUCUCCGCGGGCUCCUUCGCCCGCCUAGUGGAGCUGUUCUCCUGCCGGGAGAGCAGCCCUCUGCCCGGUCGCGCACGCCCCUCCUUGCCCUGCCCUGGGCCCCCUCCGCCUUCCCCGGAGCCCCUGGCCCGCCUGGCCCUGGCCAUGGAGCUGAGCCGCCGCGUGGCCGGGCUGGGGGGCACCCUGGCCGGACUCAGCGUGGAGCACGUGCACAGCUUCGCGCCCUGGAUCCAGGCCCACGGGGGCUGGGAGGGCAUCCUGGCCAUCUCACCCGUGGACUUGAACUUACCCCUGGACUGAGAUCUUCCUCAGAAGCUGCUACAGAUUAGACCUCAUGUCUCUAUGCUCUUCCUGUGCUUUGCCAAACCUUCCUGUUCCACUCAGGGUUGUGGGGUGGGUUGCCCUGCCUGUUUCUGCCAAAAAGAAAUUGUUUUAAAUUUUUUCACAUUAAAGACUUUUUCAAGUA